AUGCGACCAUUCGUCCUGAUUGAUAACACUGAUAUCGACCUAUCAGCGUAUCAUCUUAAACCAUCGCAUAAGCGAGAUCGAUCUGAUUCGCCACCACCUGACGAACCUGACGAGAAACACCAGCGUGUGAACUUGGCAGCGUUCAUCCAGGCAUUCUCGGCCCAUCAGAACCAGCCAAAGAAGGUGGCUAUUUCAUCAGUCCCACCAGCACCAUCUGAUUACUCGAAACUCGAGAAUCACCCGUUCCGCCAAGAGUUCCGAGACGCGAUGCAGGUCGAAUUCGCCAAGCUAAUUGAGAUGGAAGCAUUCAUCCCAUUCUCGACGAGUGAAAUGUAUCGAUCACAUGAUCAAAACUGCACUGGAAGCUCAAAGCACUGUCCUCGACAUCAGGUGAUUCCUAUGAGAUGGGUAUUCGCAUACAAAUCAGAUGAUAAGGGCUUUAUCUCAAAGUUCAAAGCUCGACUAUGUGUGCGAGGUGAUAUGCAGUUACCUGCCGAUCAAGAUACAAGGACAAGCACCCUAGCCUCGAGGACUUUCCAAACCCUGAUCGCUAUCAUGACUGCAUUUGAUCUCGAAACCUACCAGAUGGAUGUGGUUAAUGCUUUCCUAAACAGUAAACUCGAUCAGGAAGUAUACUGCCACUACCCACCAGGCAUGGGAUCAAAAGGUCGCUGUUUGAAACUGAAACGUGCUGUGUAUGGUCUGAGAGUUGCUGGGAAACGAUGGGAAAACGACAUCAGAUCAACACUGCUAUCUAUUAACUUCCAGCACUGCCCUGAUGACCCGUGCUUAUAUCAUGAUGGGAAGAUGAUCAUCAUGGUGUUUGUUGAUGAUUUCUUGGCGCUCUACCAUCGAUCUGAUAAGCAGCAUGCGAUUGAUAUCAAACGGAAACUUCGACAGCAGUUCGAAAUGAAGGACUGUGGGGAACUCACUCAAUUCAUCGGAAUACGCAUAGCACGUGAUCGUCUGAAUCGAAAAACGUGGCUCGAUCGAUCAGCCUAUAUUGAGAAGAUCACGGCGAAAUUCCAUCUUCUGAACCAUCGAACACCUCGAGUACCCCUUCCAUCUCAAUACUCGACGACCUUCACAUCAGACGAUAAGCUAGAUGAUAAGCUUAUUAACCUUUACCAGCAGAAGUGUGGAUCAACCCUGUUUCCGGCGAUAUGGACUCGACCAGACGUUGCGUUUGCUAAUCAGAUCCUGGCGCAACAUCUCACAAAGCCAACUGUGAAACAUAUGGCUGCUGUUGACCACCUGAUUUCAUAUCUUUAUGGAACACGAGAUCUUGCUAUUUGUUAUGAUGGAAACUGGAGAUCAGCUGAUGCUUUCAUGGCAGCAUCAGAUGCUAGCUUCGGAGAUAACCAUGAUCGGAAAAGCUCUGAAGGUUUCGUCUUUUGCUUAUUUGGUGGCCCUAUUGAAUGGUCAUCCAGGAAGCAACCAACGAUCACAACGUCAAAGACUGAAGCUGAGCUACUAGCUAUCUCACAAGCUAGUAAGCACCUGUAUUGGACGAUUCGAGUAUUCCGAUUCAUCGAUUUCGACCCAUCACAUGAUCUUGUCAUCCAAUGUGAUAACAAACAGUCGAUCUGA